GUUUUUGUAAAUAGUAAACAUUGUCGUAGAUUUAACGCAAAAUUGUUUUAUUAAAUAAAUCUUUUAAGCAAAUAUAUAUAUCCAUUUUUGUGUACUUCUAACAAAGCUGUGCUUGAAAAUUUCCUGUAAUCUAUAUGGUAUUGAAUGCAGGUAUCCAUACUUUGGCAUAAGAUUGAAAAAUUCAUUGAAGACUUCUUGUUUAAUUCCACUUUUUAAUCAACAGGCUCAAUCCAGAUUUAAAGAAAUCAUGGGGCGUAAAAAUAUAAGGAAGAAAGUAAUAGCAAUGAAUGCGUCAUCGAAUCCAUUUAACAUCAAAAUGAAUCGCCAGAAGCAUUCCAUUCUUGGUCAAAAGGUCAAAGGCACUCAAGGCUUGCCAGGUAUAUCACAAGCCCUAAGCCAUGCUAAACGAAAAGAUCGGUUGUACAAAAAGAAGCUAAAAACAGGAAAAGCUAAUAAAUUUAUAGAUAAAAGGCUGAUGGAUGGUUCCCUUCCUUCUGAAGAACAAGCUGUCUUGAGAUUGGUUCAUGAGCGAAAGCAGAAGCUGAAGAAAAGUACCAUAAAGCUGAAUGAGCAAGAACAUUUGACGCAUAAAGGCAAGCCUUUACAUGAACUUCACAAGUAUGAGGGCAAAAGUGAUGAGUCGGAAGAUGAUGAGCAGUUGUCUGCAAAUUUCGUAAAGCAAGCACAUUUUGGAGGAUUUUCUUCUGAUGUUAGAGGAGAAACUCCCAAAUCACAUAAAGAAAUUAUCAAUGACCUCAUUGUGGAAAGCAAAAUCCGGAAGCAUGAAAAAAAGACCGAGAAUGAAGAGAAUGCAGAUUUGACUGAAAAAUUAGAUAACGAUUGGAAAAAUAUUUCGGCUUUGAUGGCUAGUAUUAAAAGCAACAAGCCAGCUGAGCAGCCAGAAAAGAAAGAUUCAUAUGAUGUCUCCCUUCAAGAAUUAAAAUUUGAAAUGAGAGCAACUGUUUCAAACCCUUUGAAAACUGCAGAAGAAAUUGAGAGGAAAGAACAAGAAAAAUUUCUGAAAUUAGAAGCAGAAAGAUUUAAGCGAAUGAAUGAUGGUGCUGAUUAUGUGAUCAACAAUAAUUUUUCUGCUGAUAGUAUUGAUGAUGGAUUUGAUAUACAACCUAUUUCUGUGGAUGAAACAGAAAGUAGAAAUUUGGGCGAUGGCAGUAAACCGAAACAUAUCGAUGUGGAGGAAAGUGAUGAGUCUAUGUCUGAAUCAGAUAAUGAUAAUGAUGAAAAAGAAGUUGAUAAGGAGACUGCAUCUUUGAAACGGCAUACUACAAAUGAAAAAGCAGCAGAAAAUGAAGAAUUGUCCAUUCCAGAAACAAGAGGAGAUUUUGACAUAAUUGCUACCAGCUGUCUUUUAGAUGAGCUACCAAAUAAAAUAAGCAGUAUCUUGAAUUCUAAUUUACCAUGCAAAUCUGAGAAGAGAAUGAGCAAACUUGAAAACUUUUUUAGUGUACUCAUUGAGUACACGCUAGAAAUUUGUGAAAAUCACAUGGAAGACUGUGCUGCAUUUUUUCCUUUCCUGUAUGACUUAGCACAAACUUCUCCUUUAAAAACUGGUAACAUUAUACUUAGUUAUUUAGAUCAAGAGCAGCAGAGUUUUCAGCAAUUGUUUAGUGAAAAAAAGAAAAAAUGUAAUCUUCCCCUUAAAAGUAUAUUGUUGCUGAAUGUGUGUGUUAAUCUGUAUUCAGUUUCAGAUUUUAGGCAUCCAGUCAUGACUCCUGCUUAUAUUUUUAUGUGUGAUAUUUUGAGUAAAGAAUAUAAUGCAUCUGUUCGGAAUAUACUUUAUAGACUGUUUAUAAGUAGAAUGAUUUUAAAAUGUAUAACAGACUCUAAGCGCUUUGUGCCAGAAGUUAUAAUGUUUUUGAAUAAAACAUUAUCUUUAGGAGUAAGAUCUGUAGAUAUAAAUGUGUCAGUUACGUUGAAGAGAAAUGUGAAUUUGGUCCUUGAGAAAGAGUUCAAAACAAAUAUCAGUCAACUGAACUUGAACAUGGUAAAAGCAAAAUGUAAUGAUGCUACCAAAAUGAGCAUUAUUUUUGAAAUCAUAAAUCAGCUACAAAGUUUUGCCCUUUUGUAUUCUAAUGUAUUUUCUUACAAAGAAAUAUUUGGUCAAACAUUAAGCAUAUGUCACCAGCUGCCUUUGGAUAAAUAUCCAGAUGUUCUUAUUCAAGCAAUUAAUUUGCUGAAAAAGACGUUAUCUGAGGGUGGAGAACCUCUUAGGCAUCUUGUGUUUCGAAACACAAAGCCGAAACCAUUAAAAAUGUUAGAGCCUGCUUUUGAGUCUAAAUUCAGCCUAAAAAAGAAUGAUAUUCCAAAAAAGAGAAAAUUAGUGAAGAGUGUUGAGCAAAAGAUUAGGAGAGAAGAAAAAUCUCUUUUAAGAGAGAUUCGUCGGGAUGCCCAAGUUGUUGCAUCAGAAAAAUUGAAAGAAACUCUUGAAGCUGACGAAGAAAGAAAGAGGAAAGUGAAGCAGUUAUAUGCUGAACUGUCCAUGCAAGAAGGAGAAUAUAAAAAAUACGCUAAAAGAAAAUAGCUCAAGUAGUUGUUAAAAAAAUUAAGUUGAUUUGUUGUAAAAGUAUGUAUAUAUUUUUACUUUGAAAUUAAAUGAUGAACUUUUUUCC